AUGUUCAAGGUGGCCGCGAUCUUGUUGACAGUGGGAGUGACUUUGGCCUUUCCAUCAGAUCCCUACGGACAGCCUGUCUACAAGUCGGAACCCAUCCCAUACAACUAUGCCUACGGUGUCAAGGACGACUACGCUGGCACUGACUUCGGCCACAACGAGAACUCCGACGGGUCCACGGCGAAGGGCUCUUACAAUGUUGCUCUCCCUGACGGCCGCAUACAAACAGUGAGCUACGUGGCUGACCACUACAACGGGUACCAGGCCCAGGUGAGCUACAAGGGCGAGGCCCAGUACCCACAUGAGUACGGUCCACCUGUCACCUUCAAGCCCCAGUACCAGCCUUCCUACCAGCCCUCAUACCAGCCUCAACCCUCAUACCAAUAAAUGACGAUGUAACAUUACUUUUACGUUUUCUCCACUUUGUUCUGCAAUUUUCUUCAAUAAAUUAUACCUAAAAACUUAA